UGUGGGUGCUGCUGCCAGCGCCCGCCCGUGGCCCCGCCCCCGCCCAGCGCCCGGCCGUGGCCCCGCCCAGCGCCCGGUCCCGCCCAGCGCCGGGCAUUUCACUCCGCCCCUGCCGUCACUUCCGGUUGGCGCCAUCAUGGCGGCGCCGGGGCUGUCCAAGGCCGAGUACCUGCGGCGGUACCUGAGCGGCCCGGCCGCCAGCGACGCUGCCCAGCCCCGCCGCCGCCGCAAGAAGAAGCCGCCGGGCGGUGCCGCUAGAGGCGGGAUGCGGAUCGUGGACGACGAUGUCAGCUGGAAUAGCAUUGCUGCUGUGCAGGAGAAGGAGGAGGAGGAGGAGGAUGAAGCGGACAUGCCUGUGGUGGCAGAAUUUAUUGAUGAGCGUCCAGAUGAAGUGAAGCUCAUGGAGGAAUUCCGAACAAAUACUAAAUGGAAACUUCUAGGAGACCAGAACGAAGACUCCCAAAGUUCGGAUAUUUCAGUACCUGCCAAAUCUACCACAAGGCGACAGCGCCAUGACACCCCGGACAGUUCGCCCCCAAAGAGACUGCGGCAUGACUCCCUGGACAAAUCACCUCCAGGUCAACAGCGCCAUGACUCCCCGGAUCUGUCCCCUCCCAGGCAAGAGAGAAACAAUUCCUCCAACCACUUGCCUCCCAGGCGACAGCGCCACGACUCCCCAGACCUCUCCCCACCAAGAAGGAAGCAUCAUGACUCCCCAGACCUGUCACCUCCCAAGCAACAGCGCCAUGACUCCCCAGACCUCUCCCCACCAAGAAGGAAGCACAAUGGCUUCCAGGAUCUCUCUCCCCCAAGACGGAAGCGUCACGACUCCCCGGACCUGUCACCUCCCAGACGGAAGCGUCACGACUCCCCGGACCUGUCACCUCCCAGACGGAAGCGUCACGACUCCCCGGACCUGUCACCUCCCAGACGGAAGCGUCACGACUCCCCGGACCUGUCACCUCCCAGACGGAAGCGUCACGACUCCCCGGACCUGUCACCUCCCAGACGGAAGCGUCACGACUCCCCGGACCUGUCACCUCCCAGACGGAAGCGUCACGACUCCCCGGACCUGUCACCUCCCAGACGGAAGCGUCACGACUCCCCGGACUUCUCUCCAAAGAGAGUCAGUUCAGCAAUGGGGAAAAAGGGCUGCAAAACCACAGACAAGUCACAGUCAGGGGGAGUCCAAGGAGAGCAAUCUCAGCUCAGGCGUGGUGUCUCUGACAAGACCUUGGCGCAUCAGAAGCGUCAGACUACUCCAGAUCUAUCUCCUCCACGGAAGAAGAGGUAUGAUUCUGACUCAGAUUUGUCACCACCUCGGAGAAGGAAAGCUGGGUCACCUAGUCUGAAAAAGGAGGGCAGAACAAAAGGUGCUUCUCCAGCCAUGAAAAAGCUUAGGCAGGUGCCUUCACCUCAGAGGUACCUGAGGCGCGACUCCGACUCUCCAUCUCCACGGAGGAGCACCCGGAACACCUCUGAUGUAGACUGCAGGCUAGGCCAUGUACGCAGUGAUUCCCCUAAGCGUGGUCCUCUCAAACAGAAUUGGAGCAAAUCUUCAGACUCUGAUUUAUCUCCUCCACGACGAACUCUGCCAGCUGAAAAGGAUCAGCAUGGUUCAAGGAACCCCCCUGACCUCUCACCUCAUUACCACCGUGACACUAAGGGAUCUCCCAAGAAGGCAAAUGUGAUGUUGUCUGGGGUCAAAGCUGGCUUGGUCUCAGCUGAUGUGCUGCGGAGGGAACAGCAGGAGCUCAGGAGGCAUGAGAGAAAUAACAAGCACUUGGAAGAGGAAUCCCGGCACUCUCAGACUGUCUUCCGAGACAAAUUUGGUCGCAGGAGGGACCUCGCGCAGGAGUGGCUGGAGCAGCAGCAGAAGGCUGAAGCGAAGUCCGAGAGAGAGGAGCAAUAUGCCAAAUGGGGGAAAGGGCUAGCACAGGAGAGGCAACAGCAGCAGAACGUGGAAGAUGCAAUAAAAGAGAUGCAGAAACCAUUGGCCCGUUAUAUUGAUGACCAGGAUCUGGAUCGAAUGUUGAGAGAACAAGAGAGAGAAGGAGACCCCAUGGCUGACUUCAUCAAAAAAAGGAAGGCCAAAGAGAACAAAGAAAAGAAAGAAAAACCCAGGUACAAUGGACCAGCACCUCCACUCAACAGAUUUAAUAUAUGGCCCGGGCAUCGCUGGGAUGGUGUGGACAGGUCCAAUGGAUUCGAGCAGCAGCGCUUUGCCAGGAUAGCCAACAAGAAGGCAGUUCAGGAAGUUGCAUACAAAUGGAGUGUUGAGGACAUGUAGACAAGACGAAGAACCAUGCAAAGCAGCGCUUGGGAGUUGACGCUACAGAGGUUCGCCUAUUGCCACUGCCAGAGCCAUGAGGAAGGGCUUGCUCUGCCUGGACCGCGCCCUGUCCUCAGCGUUUGGCAUUGCAGUGGACUGUCUUCCAAGAGGCAAGGCUGAAUUUAAAGGAGAGCUGCCAAAAGAGGAUUUCCCCGACAGCCAGAGGGGACCAGCGCAGAGAAUUGCAGCAGUGCUGCGUGGCACAGUGGCUGAGUGUGCUGUGGCGGCAAGCAGUGCGGUGGCCACUGCCUGCAGGAGUACCUCGUUCCCUGGCACUGCCCUCUGAGGUGCUGCAGCUGCCAGUUUCUGCUCUUCAUUUGUCUUCUAACAAACUGUAGAAAUUAUAUGCUUAAUUGUUUUAUGCCAAACGCUUUGUCCUUUGAGGUUGGUUCACAACCCUUCAGGUGUCCUAAAUCUCAGGUUUUUCUUCAUGGUGAAAAUAUGCUGAACACUUGGUCAUGGGAGAGUUAACCUUGUUCAGUCUGUUUCAGAGCUCGGUUGCAGUUUGUUUUGUUCCAGUUGUUCCAGAGAGGAACUAUACCCUACAAAUACUUAGUACUGUGAGCUGAUCUGCCUCUGAGCUGAUGUCAGAUCUGUCAGUGUCCUUCCCAGGGUGCCCAGAGGGCUUCCGUUAAGUUUGUGUUGUUCUCAUGCCCUCUGGUUCAUGGAGUUUCCGACUCGCAGUGGAGUGGGGAAUGCUCCAAUUGUCCCAGCCUGGCUGAGCAGGAGCCUGCUUGCUGUGUUGCCCUCUGUCGCUCUCCUGAAGAGGUUCAGAGACUGACCUGCAGCGCUGCAUUUGAGAGUAAAAUCUUCAGGAGCCCCAGCAGCUCGUUAGGGGUCAGUUUCUCAUGGAAAUAAACAUGCAGAGGUUUUUUAAAUUGCCUCCCCCUACCAUUACCUCUGCGUAGCUGAUGGUGGUGGAUUGCUACCCCCAGACUCCUCUCUGGACAGUGGUGCUGAUAGCCCGGCGCUUCCCUUGCACUGCUGCCCGGGGGCUUCUGCACGAAGCAUAACCCCUCUUGUGAUCAGAUUUGUCGGGCUUGGAGCUGGAGGCCAGGCAGAGAGCUUCCCUUAAUCCCUGCUUGUGAAAAAGCACUUGUGGAAAUAAAUACAGUUGUUCUCGUUGACAUCCCAGGGAGCAUGUAUUAAAUGCAGCCAGCAGUUUCCAUGGAGAUGCCUUGUCUUCAGUAGUGGUCAGGGGCCAGUCAGAAUCGCUCUUCGUGGUGAUUCUGAAGCACUAGGAGAGCUGUGGGCGAGAAGUGUAAGGACAAAUUCUUCUCUGGAGUGGGAGAGUCUUGGAACUUCCUUCCAUGGUGUUUUGUUGUUGGUUUGUUUUUUUUUUUAAUUCACUGUGUUGUGUUUCUAGCAGUCUUGGAAUCUGUGUACACUUGGAAAUAACAGCUUACUUUUUUUACUUGA